CUGCAGCACCGCGGCCCUCGGGCGGCCGGCGCGGCCCGCUGGAGGGGGCGCUGUGGGCACCGCGCAGCGGCCUUUUGUCAGCGCGCAGGGCCGGGAGAGCUCUCAUUUCCUCCUAGCCUCGUGCGGGAAAUGGCUUUAAUUCUGACGGCAGGGCUGUGAGGGGCGAGCGGGAAGCAGAGCCUUUUGUCAAGGAGCUGCGGCGUCCGUGGCGCGUCAUCCUCUCCGCCGCCGCGGAGCCGCUGCACUGCUGUGGGAUCUCCCGGCAGCUCUGACAAGCACGGGCUGCAGCAUGGGCAGAAAAGGCUGCUCUGCAGAUUAGCUAGGUGGAUUUUUUAAGCGCACCCUCCCAACCCCAUAAAAUCACAAAACCAACCCGCAGUGGCAGACCGGAGAUGGCUAAGAUGCUGCGCAGGAGUUUCCAUCUGGAUGUCUGAGGUUGUGUAGAUGUGGCUGGCACCCCUGAGGGUGGAGUGGAGGGGUGCAGACUGAGCACUGAACAGAAGGAGCCUUGGACAGGGCUGGGCCAGCCUCCUGGGUCCCAGGAGGGGAUUGCAAACCCACUGGGAAAAUGAGCGAAGAGACUGUCCCCGAGGCUGCCUCGCCGCCGCCCCCACAGGGGCAGCCUUACUUUGACCGCUUCUCAGAGGAGGACCCCGAGUACAUGCGCCUUCGCAACCAGGCGGCAGACCUGCGUCAGGACUUCAACCUGAUGGAGCAGAAGAAGCGCGUCACCAUGAUCCUGCAGAGCCCCUCUUUCAGGGAGGAGCUGGAAGGCCUCAUUCAGGAGCAGAUGAAGAAGGGGAACAACUCCUCCAACAUCUGGGCCCUGCGGCAGAUCGCGGACUUCAUGGCCAGCACCUCCCACGCAGUCUUCCCAACAUCUUCCAUGAAUGUCUCCAUGAUGACACCCAUCAAUGACCUCCACACGGCUGACUCCCUGAACCUGGCCAAGGGGGAGCGGCUCAUGCGGUGCAAGAUUAGCAGUGUCUACCGACUCCUGGACCUCUAUGGCUGGGCCCAGCUGAGUGACACCUAUGUCACGUUGAGAGUCAGCAAGGAGCAGGACCACUUCCUGAUCAGCCCUAAGGGAGUUUCUUGCAGUGAAGUCACAGCAUCCAGCCUGAUCAAGGUGAAUAUUCUGGGAGAGGUGGUGGAGAAGGGCAGCAGCUGCUUCCCAGUGGACACCACGGGCUUCUGUCUGCACUCGGCCAUCUAUGCAGCGAGGCCCGACGUGCGCUGCAUCAUCCACCUGCACACACCGGCCACAGCAGCGGUGUCGGCCAUGAAGUGGGGCCUCCUGCCUGUCUCCCACAAUGCCCUGCUGGUGGGGGACAUGGCCUAUUAUGACUUCAAUGGGGAAAUGGAGCAGGAAGCUGAUCGGAUCAACCUGCAGAAGUGCCUUGGACCCACCUGCAAGAUCCUGGUGCUAAGAAACCAUGGAGUGGUUGCUCUGGGUGACACUGUAGAGGAGGCAUUUUAUAAGAUCUUCCACCUGCAGGCUGCAUGUGAAAUACAGGUGUCAGCUCUGUCCAGUGCCGGGGGAGUGGAGAACCUCAUCCUUCUGGAGCAGGAGAAGCACCGGCCCCACGAGGUGGGCUCUGUGCAGUGGGCUGGGAGCACCUUCGGGCCUAUGCAGAAGAGCCGGCUGGGGGAGCACGAGUUUGAGGCCCUCAUGAGGAUGCUGGACAACCUGGGCUACAGAACAGGCUACACGUACCGCCACCCCUUUGUUCAAGAGAAAACCAAACACAAAAGUGAGGUGGAGAUUCCAGCCACAGUCACAGCCUUCGUGUUUGAGGAGGACGGCGCCCCAGUACCCGCCCUGCGACAGCACGCCCAGAAGCAACAGAAGGAGAAGACCCGCUGGCUCAACACGCCCAACACCUACCUGCGGGUCAACGUGGCUGAUGAGGUCCAGAGGAGCAUGGGCGGCCCCCGACCCAAGACCACGUGGAUGAAGGCUGACGAGGUGGAGAAAUCCAGCAGUGGCAUGCCGAUUCGCAUUGAAAACCCAAACCAAUUUGUGCCUCUCUAUACCGACCCCCAGGAAGUGCUGGAGAUGAGGAACAAGAUUCGAGAGCAAAACCGACAAGACGUGAAGUCAGCGGGGCCUCAGUCCCAGCUCCUGGCGAGCGUCAUUGCCGAGAAGAGCCGAAGCCCGUCUACAGAGAGCCAGCUGAUGUCCAAGGGUGACGCGGAUACCAAAGACGAUUCAGAGGAGACGGUGCCCAACCCCUUCAGCCAACUCACUGACCAGGAGUUGGAAGAGUACAAGAAAGAGGUGGAGAGGAAGAAACUAGAACUUGAUGGCGAGAAAGAAACUGCCCCAGAAGAGCCUGGCUCACCUGCAAAGUCUGCACCUGCUUCUCCAGUGCAGAGCCCAGUGAAGGAGGCAGAGACAAAGAGCCCUGUAGUCUCUCCUUCCAAGUCUUUAGAGGAAGGUGCUGAGAAGACAGAAACAAGCAAAGACACCACCACAGAGCCCGAAACAACUCAGCCGGAAGGGGUGGUGGUCAACGGGAGGGAGGAGGAGCAGACGGCAGAGGAAAUCCUCAGCAAAGGCCUGAGCCAGAUGACCACCAGUGCUGACACGGAUGUUGAUACCUCUAAGGACAAAACCGAGUCGGUCACCAGCGGCCCCAUGUCCCCAGAGGGCUCACCUUCCAAGUCUCCCUCAAAGAAGAAAAAGAAAUUCCGAACCCCUUCCUUCCUGAAAAAGAGCAAAAAGAAGGAGAAAGUGGAGUCCUGAUUCAUGACACCCUUGGGCUCCCUCCUGCCUCCUCUCUCUCCUCCCCUUCCCUUCUCCCAUCUCUGUCCCUGCAAGCACAGGGCCAAGGAGGGAUAGAGCAGGACCCUGGAUCACACUCGGAAGGGGAACUUAGAGAUCGCCUGACCAACCCUUCAUUUUACAAUUGCCCCAGGGAAAUCAGGUGACUUGCCCAAGGUCACACAGCUAGUUAGCGGCAGAGCCUGCACUCGAAUUCAGGUCUCCUGACUUCCAGUCCAGUGCUCCUUCUACUACGUAACACUGCCUAGUUGUGGGCCGCCUUUGUUCAGAUGCUGCCCACCAAUCCGAGCCUAGGGCAAGAAGGCCAGAAAUGGGCCAUGAGCUCUCAUAGGCUCAGACUAAAUCAGACAGGUCGAGGCUUCCCCUGAGUAAGGCCCAUUUCUUCGCAGGAAUCCAAUCUCCUGCGGAUGGAGCUAUCUCUACAUUUAAAACAUCUCUUCUCUUUUUCUCUUUGUAUCCCUGCCCUGCUGUUCAAAGUAACCAGGCAAAUUGACCGCUCCAACAGAAAGCAAUCUUUGUUCCCAAGGGCUGAUGGCUUAGCUUGUACUUCCCCAAACAUUAACCCCGAGCUUUCUUCAUGGAACCUCUUGGAUGAUGGGUGGAAGAGCUGUAAGCGGUGGUAGGCAUAAGGGCAAGCCAUGUAAGCUGAGGAUUGGGGAUGGUUUCAUCAACAUAAGAGGCCAGGAACUUGACCCCUUUGAAUUGUGCGUCUCAGGCACUUCAAAACUAAAACCAAAUUUAGCAUAGGAAAAAGUUGUUUCAUGCUCAGGUGGAAAAUUGGGGAAGUUGAAGUCUUCUGUUGGCUUUGGGUUGUGCAAGGAGGAUCAAAACAACAGAGGGUAUGCUAUGACUUUCUAGCUUUGCAUGACACCUGGAGCAAUGCGCUGUACCUGCCUCACUCCUGUCCAGCAGUCAGGUGUCCCCUGACCUUCCCUCACCCCCAGAAGCAUUUGCUUACAGACUGAAACUGGCAUCUUACUCUUGGCACCUUGACUUGCACCCUCUGAGGUUCCAACUCUGAGUCACUCUAGGUCCAGCAGAGGAGAAUCAGAAAUGAGCCCUUCAGGAUUAAUCCUCUUGUACCAGCUCUCAGAGAAUGCUGGGGGUCCCUGUCCCUGUCCCUAUCUGUCCAUCCUGGGGCCUCAUAAUGGCCACAGCUAUUGUUUUAAAUGCCAACACUGUCUUCUCAUGUUCUUCCGCGGGGCAAUGCUUAAUGAGGAUUGUUGGCUCCUAAAAAUUAGACAAUCCAUUCUCUUGAAAGCACAGUGUCUUGAAAGAAUAUUUUUCCUUUUGACCUGCCUAUUGUGAAAAUAUUUUUGAAAGUUCUUAAUCAUAGUUUUCCACUUUUGAGCACUUAUUAUCUGUAGACACUGUGCAGGCUUCACAUAUAUUACAUCCUUUAACCCUCAUGGUAAUCCCUUGAGGUGGGUAAGAUCAUUCCCAUUUUGUGGGUGAGGAAACUGAUCCCCCUGAAAAGAUAAUUGACUUGUCCCAGCUGACUUGGCUAGAAAAAUCUGGAUCCUGGAUUUGAACCCAGGUCAGCCUGAGUCCGGAGCCCUUGGUCUUAACAGCUAUGGUGAAUAGACAACUUUAAUCCCCAGGGGUGGUGGUUUUCAUCCAGGACUUGUCUCUAUGACUGGUCUCCAUUGCAUAAUGCUAGCACUUGGAGCAAAGGUAGGAAACUCCCUGUGCUCAUUCUCAUCAGUAUAUGUGAAGUUCCUGGACAAUGUGGACUGUGGUGAUGCUACUGUGUACCUGUGACAAAGGAGAGGCAAGAGCCUUCUUGUUGGGACAGGAAAUACCAUCUAUAAUUGGCUAUUUCUUGAGAAGGAAAGAAACUGACCUAGGACCGAGGUAAACUAGACACUGUGUCUGUCCAGUGCAGGUUCCUAACUGCUACCCCUGGCUCUGUCUCUGUUCUACUUCCUGAUUAGGUCAAAUUUUAGGAGGGACAACGCCCUGAUGUUUCAGAAAAAUCUGUCAUAUGGGAAAUGCCUUUAAAAGCCAAUCCCUUGAUGCCUUCUUUUAAAAAGUAGAUUUCACAUUUAUUCAUUCAUCCUUUCAUGGUAUUUGUUAAGCAUCCACUGACCACCAGGGAUUAUUUUGACAUUGAAAGAAAGCCAUUGUUAUGGCUAGAAUAAUAAGUGGCAAACAAUGUUGCGAGAAUGGUGAACACAACCUCUGAUGCAGCCUUUCAUGUGUGAGUUGUUGUAGUUCAGCGGUGACGUUGAUUGCCUCUGCAUUCAACACACUCUCUUUAUUCCCUUUAUGACAACAGUGAGACCUCACCUAGGUCAAAAUGUUGGACAGAGUCUUGCUGCAGCAUUAUUCUUAGAAUUUAUGCCAUGGGCCCACUUGCUAUUGAUUGAUGAACCUAUCAGUUGGUUCAUUCCUCAUGUUCAUUUCUCAUGUGAUAGGGUCCAUCUCCUAUUGAUUGAUGAACCUGUCAAUUGGUUCAUUCCUCAUGUAUUCCAAAAACAUGCAUUGAACUUGGGUCAAGGGCCAGGCAUGAGGAUAGGCAUAGUUCCUGCCCUCAAGAAGUUCAUGAGCGUAGUAGGUGUAUAGACAAAUUGCAACACAGGCAAGUGUACCGAGGCGGCAUAAGGAAGCAACAGUUAACUAUCUUGGGGACCAGAGAAACCCUGAGAGAAGCAAUGGCUGUUAGGGUUUUAAAACAGGAAGUUUCCAGUAGAAUGGAAGGGUUGGCAGGGCAUGCCACGAUGAGGGAAGAAUGUGUGCAAAGGUGUGGAUGCAUGAAAUGCCAUGAUGGGUCCACUGAGCAGUGUGGCAUUGGCAGAGCAUGACACCUAAGCUGGGUGGUUGAGGGGUCCCUUCACAGGUGGGCAGGGUUGAAGCCUACAGAAACUGGUAGGAAGUGUGGAGGAGCCAGACUUGUUAUGGAAGGGGUUUGGAGCCACUGAAGCCUUUCAAUCAGGAUAGAGUCAUGAUCAGACUUGCAUUUUAGGAAAAUCCCUUUGGUAGCUGAAUGGAGACUGUGGACUGGAUGGGCGUAGGAUGGUGGCCUGGGAGCUAUGAGGCCUUUCUGAAAUGUACUAAAACAUGUUUGAUGGCCUGCCUCACAUGAUGUUUCCUCUAUAGCAAAUAGUUUCUGACACAAAAUUUAUUUCCAUAAAAGUCUUUGGAUAAAGCA